AUGUACUUGGGAGCGGUGGACCUGCAGUGUGAGGCGAACAACACGGAGCAUCACACCGUUGAAAUAGACACGGACAGGCUCCUCGUCCGAAGAGGACAAGAAUUCCGCCUUUCUGUGGAAUACAGACGCCAAGACUUCCUGGAGGGCGAAGACCAGCUCACGGUCAGGUAGCAUCUGUGGAAAGAGAACCAAAUUCGCAUCGAAGCUGUCAAAUCGACGGCGAAGCAGGACAAGUGGACGUACAGUGUGAAACCCACUCCGGGGCACAUUCACCUGACCGUGCACAGCCCAGCCAAUGCCUGCAUCGGUGUCUAUAAGAUGCAUUUACUCUUCUGUCCCAGUGGAGGGGAAGGUGUGCAGCAGAUCACUGCAGGGACCUUUCACCUUCUCUUCAACCCCUGGUGUAAAAAGGACACUGUGUACCUGCCCGACGAGGAACUACUGGAGGACUACAUUCUGAAUGAGAAUGGAAUCAUCUACCGUACCGUCUUUCUCCCAUUAUCAUGGAAUUUUGGACAAUUUGAAAAAGAUGUCGUCGAUAUUUGCUUUCAAAUUUUGGACAAUAGUCUAUCUGCUCUGAAAGAUCCUUUGUCCGAUGCUUUGAAGAGAGGUGAUCCAAUAUAUAUCAGCAGAAUAUUGACUGCUAUGGUGAAUUCAAAUGAUGACAAAGGUGUAGUUUCAGGAAGGUGGGAUGGUGAUUACUCCGAUGGGACUGCCCCCACCAGAUGGAAUGGGAGUCUCCCAAUUUUACGCAAGUGGAGCAGUGCUGGGGCUAAGAGAGUACGAUAUGGGCAAUGCUGGGUCUUUGCUGCCGUCGCUUGCACAGUUUUGAGGUGUUUGGGGAUCCCGAGUCGCUGUGUUACAAAUUAUUCCUCUGCUCAUGACUGUGAUGCUAAUUUGAAAGUGGAUCAUUAUUUAAAAAGUGAGGAUUGUUCACAUAUCCUUCCAGCAAGGAAAGACAUGGUAUGGAACUACCACUGUUGGGUAGAAUCAUGGAUGGCUCGUCCUGACCUUCCCUCUGGUUAUGAUGGAUGGCAAGUAUUGGAUCCUACUCCACAAGAAAGGAGUGAUGGGAUAUUCUGCUGUGGUCCUUGCCCCGUCAAAGCAAUAAAAGAAGGUCAGCUCGAUUUGAAAUAUGAUGCUGCAUUUAUCUUCUCCGAGGUCAAUGCAGAUGUGGUUUACUGGUUUAUGAAAAAAGAUGGAACAAAGAGGAAACUGUUAGUCAAACAAAACCAAGUGGGAAAAAACAUUGUUACCAAAAGUGCUUACUCAGACAAAAGAGAAGAUAUCACUUUGGAUUAUAAAUACCCAGAGGGGUCCAAAAAGGAACGGGAGAUCUACAACAAAGCAGGAAAGAAAAUCCAACCCGCCGACACACAAUACCAAGAUUUAAAGGUCACCAUAAAACAUGUUUAUGCAAUACUUGGAAGUGAUUUCAGUGCCUAUUUCCAGAUUGCUAAUAAUGGCUUUAUGGACAAAAACAUCAAUAUGAUUAUAUCUGCAAAUGCUAUAACUUAUGCUGGGGCCAUUUUAAAGCAAUUCAGCAGGAGGUCCACCAAAUUUGUGUUAAAAGCCACUUCAGAAAAAACAGAAGUUCUGAGACUGAGAUAUGAAGAUUAUGGUGAACACCUCUCUGAACAUAAUUUAAUUCGAUUGACUGCUGUGCUUGUAUCUGAGGACAUGACUGAAUUGAACCUGAAGGAGAAGGAUAUUGUUCUGAAAGUGCCUCGGCUUGCCGUUCAGGUUGAAGGUGAACCAAUCCUCCAUAAAAAGCUGACUGCUCAAAUAAAAUUUGUAAAUCCUCUUCCCAUCACAUUAACUAAAGGCGUCUUCAGUGUGGAGGGCUCUGGACUCACAGAUCUACAGGAAAUUGAAUCUCCAAUUGCAUCCAUCAGUUCUGGUGAAGAAGUUGUGGUGACUGUAACUUUUACACCAACCAAGACCGGUUUGCGGAAGCUUAUGGUGGAUUUUGACAGCAACAGACUCCGUGAUGCUAAAGGUUCCGCCAACAUUAUUGUCAGACGAGCUUAG